AUGAACCGCCAUUUCUACGGGGCCCCGGCCGGCCUCGACCCUGAGUCUUUGCGGUACUACGUAUGGUUUGGUCGAUAUUCCGUGAAGAUCAUAUCCGACAACCUUUUCCUCUUCGGCGAGAAUGUGAUGGAAUCGGGAGACGAGCGGAGCAUGACGAGGAAACUUAACGCUGGAUCCUACGACAUUUGCCCACACACGACGACUUCAACCAUGUCGAAUCGCUUGUUUUGCUCCACAAGAGCGGUCGGCUUGAGCGAGGGUGACAUCUGCAGGUUCUUGCAGGAGCCGGGGCGAGUGGUUCACGGGUCGUGCGCCAGGUGCUUGACAGACUACACCGUGAAGAUUUCUCGACGCAGUCGCAGUCCUGGACCUGUGGUGUCUUACCGCGUUAAAAUAAAGACGUGGACCGACUUUGGCCAGUUUCGGAGCCCGCAGGACUGGAAAUGGAGGGCUUGGAGGCGCAAGGCUGGAGAAUACUACUCGGUGGCGCCCCGGAAUUUUAAAAAGUACCCUCCUAGAAGUGUAUUUCAGCGAUGCCAUGCAGCUGAGGAGCAGAAGGAGAGCGAGAAUUUUGAGGCAUCCGCCUAG